AUGGCGUCACUACAUUCAUCUCUCCCGGAUGGCUACGAACAGGGAUCAUAUCAAACGCCAGAGUUUACGGAGGAAACCUUGUUAAUGUACGAGCAUGGUGUAGCUUGUGUAUCCAAUGUCGAUGGACGGGGAAAUGUUUCUAUUUACGCCAUGAUCAAACGAGGGGAGAAGAAAAAUUCGAAACUGGUUUUCGAUUACGCCAACAUCUUGGGCUUCGUCGGCGGUGAGAUAAGAGAUGGAUUCUGCAAUACAAACCUCAAGGAAGGCGAAGCUCUUCGUUUUAUGCAAACCCAUAUAGAUCUGUCGAAAGGGAGGACCGUUAGAAUGGUUUUUGCUCCCGUCGAAGAGGUGUCGGCCAUGUUUGUACUUCCGCUUCGGGUGAAGUCCCUUCAGAAUGGAGUGGAUUUCCCUGAUCCUAGCACGGAAACGGCUUUUGAGUACUUCAAACAAGCAGCAAAAUUAUGUCCUUAUCAGAAGCUUGAAGAUUUCUUUGAUUUCAAGCUUGGUAAAGCUCCCCGAAAGGCAGAUCGUUCGAAGUUCAGCGGCCACAGAGCAGAGCUGGAGUCAUGGUGGCUGGAGAGGUCCGAGCUGUUAUACUACAACUGCCCACCUCCGCCCCAACCGCCUAUCCUGAAUCUGACCAAACUAAAUGAGAAGAAGAAAGAGGGAAAAUUUAUGUCAGGAUUCAUGGAACAGGCUAGCCAGUGGAGGAAAAAGCAAGAGAAUUCAGAAGCAUGGAAGAAAAUUGCAGUGCAGAAGUUGACUGAUUCUCAGAACUAUGAUCGAUUCUGUGGAAUGGCAAUUCUGCAAGCACUGUGGUACAUCUGGAUAGGUGACCCUGAACGUGCAAUAGUGAUGGUGGAAGCUUGGCAAGAUUUUGAAAGAGAUAGGGCAGCAGGGCGGUGUCUUGAUGCAAACAGCAUUGUCUUGGAAGAACUUUUAGAUUUAACUCUCGGUAAUCUAUCCAGUAGAGGGAUGUGCAUUGGUCAAACCAAAGUUGAUUCAAGAUUAACACUAAAGAAGAUGUGUGAAGUUUGCUUGAGUCCAGUGUUUCUGGGACCGGAUAGAAAUGGCUUUCAUGUCUUAACAUGUAUUGACAAAGAUUCCAAUGGUGAAUUUGGUUGCAAAAAUACUCGUGUGAAUAUAGCAAAAUUGCUAUUUGCCAUCAACAAAUAUGGAAUGAACAAGGAUUUUGAUACAGCUGCUAACCACUCCUUUCAUGAAGCUCUCCACAUCUUUCUGGAGCAUUCAUUUUCUGUGUUGUAUUGGAGAAUCAAACCCACAAACCCCAUGACUGCAGACACUGAAAAUGAAGCAGUUCCAAAGUUCAUUGAAUUGCUGACAGUUGAUGAAAAACUAGAUGCAUCAAAAUGGGUUGAUUCUUCUGCUGCUGUGUUAAGAGAAGCCCUGGUGAACCACUGCAGCAAGAAGCUUGGCAAAGAAGAUGUGGAUAAGUUGACAGAGCUAUUUCGCUCAAAACUGGACAAAAUUUUGAUAGAGUAUAACAAGGAAGAGAGAGAUAGCACAAAGCAAUCUAAAGAACCUAAUUUGAAAGAUGUGAGGAUUGAUCUCUUGCGAAAAACUGUUGCUCCUACAAUGUCUCAACAAUUUAAGCGUAAAUGGAGACUCAUGUCCAUUGCUAAAAGAAAAAGGAUUUUGUUAGUGGUAGACAGUCAGCGUGUUAGAGAAGCAUGCAAUGAAUCCUACAAACAAAUGGAGAAGAUUGAUGAAGAAGAAAGAAUAAAAAAGCUAAAUGAAACAACAACAGCAGACCAACAAAUAAAUGGGAGCCAUGGAGGUGAGCUUUGCACAACUCCUGGUGGUAACGAAGAAAGGUAUGAUGCUUUAGAGACAGCAGACUGUGAAGAAAACAACCCAGGUAUGCUAUUAGGUCAGAAAGGAUCAUCAGAGGAUUCAGACAGUGACGAGUCACUGGCAGGCACAGAUGUUACGUUUCCUGAAAAGUGCAGUGGCGAUUCCUGUCCUUGUACUGAUAGCUACAAGUUUUGGCAGCAUUUGGUUAGCAUUUUGGUCAGUGAUAAAAAUCCUGUUCCCUACUUUAAGUGCAUUGAUAAUGGUGACCUAAUCUUGCGAGGAAAACUCUGGGAAGAUCAGGAGGGUCAUUUCUUUGAUGAUGUAAUCACUCUCAAUGAAGAAUUUAUUGGUGGUGCUGUCCUACCAAUGGAAGAUGAGGUGUUUUCGCAGUGCAAAAGACUUGCCUUGAUUUGCAAAAUGGCAUGCCAUCGGCUAAUUCCAAUGCUUUUGAUGGGCGUCAUUCAUCAGUUUGGAGAGUUAGAAAAGAGAGAAAAUGUCAAGUAUGAAUGCCAGGCAUGUCAGUGCUGUGGCCAAGUUGAGGAGGAACCAGGUGAUUUCAAGAGAUGUGGUGAAUGUAAGAGUGUUUUCUACUGUGGCAGGAAAUGUCAAGCUCAAGAUUGGAAAGCUGGCCACAAGCAGAUAUGUCAAGAUCUUGUGAAGGACCAAGAGUGAAAAAGUAAGGUGCCAUUUUGCACUUUUCUUUUAUAAGAAUUCUUUGUGUGGGGCUCUAUGCUGUAACUACUGGUAAAAUAUUUUGGUGACUAAGGUUGGAGCAAAAGCAGCCAUUAGAGACAACUAGAGAAAUGCAUAUUGUGUGGCUUAGUAUAGAAGGACAGUCCAGCCAGAAGAAUAAUAACAGUAAUGUAUUUUGGCUCUUAUGAAUUUUUACUACCCCACUUCCUCAGUGAUUAGACCCUCUUCACCCUUUAUCUUCCAAGAUCUGAUUGUGAAUUCCCUCAACAACAUUUCCCUGUAGAUUAAAUAUGCGAAUUUGGUGUUAGGUUAAGAUAACAACUUGAACUUGAUAAGUUUUAGUAUUCUUAUUACCUGUUCAGUGGAUAAUGUAGGGACAUUUUGGGGAGAAAUUACAAGUUCAUCACUUAAAGACUUUUUUUUUCUGCUUAACAGGUUGUCUUGCUCAUUUCCUCCUCACAAGAGUUUCCCAUACCAAAACACAUUGGUUACUUAUAUUUAUUAACUGUGUCUGCUGUGGCAAUUAGUAAUGUUAGCAGGAAAAAGUGGAAUACGAUUCAGGUAAAAAUAUGAUGAGUAACUUUAUGUUCACUUCAAAACCUACAAGCACACAUAUCCUAGGAUUGUGUCCACAUGAAGUCCUGAAACCAAUUAUUUUUAUCAAUAAUGGAGUGCUAGAAAUGCACAUAUUUAUCAUAUGAUGAUUCAGAAAUUUUGUAUGUGUUUAGAGAGCUAGGUUUGUUGUAUUGUUAGCAUUUUCAUAAAGAUAUGUUGUAGCUGGAGAAUAAACUCCUCUUUUGAAUUGAGAUGAAGAUUAAGUAAAGUAGAAACAGAGAAUUCUUUAUCUUAAAAAUUCUGAGAUCUCCAGUGCCCAAUCAACAUUACAUGUUGUAAUUGCCUUGUUCUCAAAGUUUCUGGAUUACUGUAGAUUGGUUGGUAAAUUAUAUUUAAAAAACUGUUUAGUCUUCUUACAUAUCUUUGCACGCUUUUCGUCUUAUUUCAUUGGUGCAGUAGUAAUGCAAAGAUCACUGUGGCUAUAAAAUUUAAGAUUAUUUUUUACUAAGUAGAGGCUAAAGAAGGCCUUAUGCGUCACAAAGUGUGAAGAAAAUAGAGGUUUAAAAUCUAACAUAGAGUUACAGGCAUGUUUGUUCUUUUUAGAAAAGUUUAAGCUUUUCUUUAUAUAUGUUACUUAGUAUUUUGAACUCUGUUCAUCUUUAAUUGGUAUAAUGUUUGUUUUAAUAAUUAUUUUCCCCUUUAUGAAUUUUUUGUUUUAAGUUUGGAGUUGUAUAUCAGUUGUGAUUCCUGGUAGUGCAUACAACUCAACAACAGUAACAUGAAACUUUGGUGCAUAAUACUCAAAACAUCAAUUUUUUGUCUAAUGGGGCUUUUUGCCUUGAUUUUGCUUGUUAAGAUUCUAGAGAAAUAUGAUUUCAUAAAAUAGUAAUAGUAGAAUUAGGGAAAAAAACUAGGAAUAAUAGAAUAAUGCCAUCAUGGAAGAGGUUUAUAUCUGAUAGAUCUCAUUUAGAGACUGUGUCUGAAUUGUGUAGCAAUAACCUUAAUUGUGCUUAAUGUUUUGAUGACAGUAUGUUAUGGAAUUGGUGUCUAGGGAUUUAAUUGUUAGAAGUUUCCUUUUUUAAACUUGGUAAUGUAGUUUAUUAUUUUUCAAUACGUAUACUCCUCUAGCAGGUUAGUCCUAAGCUACUUGAAUAUGUCUUUUGUAAACUAAAAAGGCUACUAUGGUUGAAUAAAUAUUUCUGGCCCAAUUUAGCUGAAAUUUUGUCAUAGUGUAAACAAUACGCGUUCUAGGAUGUUCUGAACAUUCUUCCAAUGAUUUCGUUUUUACCAGAGGGGAAAUUUGGUGAAGUCCAUUAAAAUCAAACCGGAGGUUGGAAACUUUUUCUUUUUAUCGCAGAGAAAAUCAAGAAAUGUCCUGAUUUCGUAAGCAACCGUAGUGUUCAGUCAGUCGUCAAUUAAUUGGAAUUUCGGAAAGCUGAAAUAUUUGCAACGCUUCACGAAUUUUUUGCGUCACUUUUGAACCGACUAAGGAUGAUACACAUUCGCGAACCGUUCGGAAUUUUCUUCCUUUUCAAAUGUAGGCUCGAAACUAGUUGAAAAUAAAAAUGAAAAUAUUCACGAAUUCGGAACUUGUUUUCUACUUUUUUAUUCCAGCAACGUGUACAACAGAAGGUUAAAAAACAGAAAAUGAGUAAUACGGGCAAGGCGAAAGGGGACUGACACGCGUGCUUACCUGCUCGCGCGCGCGUGCUUGUCUUUAUUGGCGCUAUUACCGAGUUGCAUGUUUUCAUUUUUGUGGAUUUUGAGGAUAGUCUACAAUCCAAAAAUUUAAGUUUGCCCUAGAAAAAAUAUCCCACAAAACGUAAAAGAAUACAUUUCGUAAGCGAGUCUAGAGUUAGUCAGUUUUCCUAGUGUUACAUAAAAUAUUAAUUUAAGAAUCAUCAGUAAGUUAUCAAAUCUAAGAUUUUUUUAUAUGAUGCUGUGCUAAUUUGCUCUGCUACUGUAGCAGAAAAUCGCAAAAUUUAGCACUCAUCAGAAACAUUUCUGUCGUCUCGAACCUGGAACAGCAAAUAAUUUGUCAGCGCAAAAACCCAGCAAUCCCCGUGCUGCUAAAAAGAACACCCGCAAUUUUUUUCAUUUCCUACAUUACAUGGCAGUUUUUGUUAGCAGGUAGAUUACUAUUGAGGUUAUUCAGGUGUGAAAUGGAGAAGAGGCGUGGUGUUUUUCCAUUCUGAGAGACAAAUUUCAGUUUUUCUGGAAAACAAAGUGGCUUGCCCAUCAGGGUUAUUUGCAUCAUAAUUUUCGUUGUCUCGUCGUUUCACCUUGAUUUGGAUCUUUCUUCUCCUCGCUAUUUCGGUUUUAAGCUUGUUUUUAUUUUGUUUUCAGUUUUGAUUAGAGGUCGGUCUUUCAGUUUCUGGUAAUCCCCACUUCCUUUCUAAGGGAAUCCGGUGAAAUGUUGGGGGAGAACCUGUUGUGAUGCUCCCAAUUUAGCGCAAAACAACUUAUGUGUCAUAUUUCAUUCGCUUGGUCGCGACCAAAGAACACUAUUAAUGACCACCUUUAGUUAUCAAUAUCUCGUCUUGUACGUGGAAGGCAGUAUCAAAAUUGGAGAAAUGUCUGAGAGGCAAGAACAUCAUUAGAAAAGGUGCUCAUAUUGUUUUAAGAUCUGUUGCGCCUCGUAUAACUUAAAACUAAAUUGUCACUAUUUCAAAUUCCACCAAUAUUCGCAAGAGCCAGUCCCCCUCCCUCCCUGUUUCCCUCCUCCGUGCCCACCCCCCCCCCGUGUUUUUCUGGGUUAUGCACGAACGCUUUGCGGACCUACUCGAUUCCAGACGCCUCGAGGAGUCAGAUGAGAAAAUCAUGGCGGCCUCCUCGAAGAAGAAGGGAAAGAUACCGGAAUUUUCUGUGGAAACCCUGUCGCGGUCUAAGCAUGGUAUAGCUUGUGUAGCCAAUAUAGACGUUAGAGGAAAUGUCCCCAUCUACGCUAUUUUCAAAAGACCCGCCGGACCGAAAAACAGCAAAGGAUUGUUUGAUUUUGCUACCAUCGUGGGCUAUAUAGGAGGCGAAUUUCGAGAAGGUUUCUGUCAAGGGGAUCUGAAUGAGGGCGAAUCUGUUCGCUUUUUACAAUCCUACAUUUCUUCGUUAGCGGAAAAGAAAACAGGAAUGUGUUUCGUGCCGGUAGAACAAGUUGCCGCACUGUUUCUACUACCGCUUCAUCAGAAGUCACUAAGAAAAGGCUUUGUCUUUCCGGACCGCGAGACAGCAAAUGCCUUUGAAUGUUUCAAGCAAGUGGCUCAUUUCUGCCGCUUUUCCAGUCCAGAAGAGCUCUUCCGUGUAAGAUUGAAAAGUUUGACAGGUCGUGAUAUUACAAAAGCUAGAGAUGCAAUCUCUGGUGACUUGAAUCUUUGGACGAUUGAUUAUAAUGAACUGGUAUUUCACGAGUGCCCCAUGCCUCCCGACCCACCAAACUAUCCAAAUGGGGACUUUGACAAAUAUGAAGAGUUACCAGGGUUCUUGCAGCAAGCAGGCUGGGUGAUCCAAGCCUAUUCAGAAGCGGAAGGCUGGAAGAAAACAGCAGCUGGCAAAUUAACCUCUCCAGAGAACUACGAAAGAUUCAGUGGAAUGGCUAAACAACAAGCGUUGUGGUACAUCUGGAAAGGUGAACUGGAAAAAGCUGCUGUCAUGGUACACUCCUGGCGCAGGUUUGAUGAAGACUGCUCAAAGGGAAAACAGCUUGAUGUCAAAAAUCCUGCCAUGGAUGCAAUGUUGAACAUAACUCAUAAUGACCUCUCAAAUGAAGGAUUAUACGAAGGUUAUAGAAAGCCAGAUGCAAGGUUAAUCCGUGGUAGCAAGUGUGACAUUUGUUCAAGUUCUGAUGUGUAUAUUUAUGAUGCUGAGCGAAAAUUAAUAAGGCCAAGUAAUGUGCGAACAUGUGUUGAUUAUGAGGGAAAUGCAGAAUUUGGCUCAGAAGAGAUACGCAACAACAUGGCAAAAUUGCUUUUAGCCAUUUACAAGUUUGGCACCAACCAUGAUUUUGAGACAUCUGCAACCCAUUGUUUCAAGGAAGCUCUUCAUAUAUUUUUGGAACAUUCAUUUAAUAACCUGUACUGGAGAAUUAAGCCAACAAAAGCCAUGAAAGAGGCAGUAGAGAUGGAAGCCAUACAAGGUUUUGUGAAAGCAUUGCGCAACAAGGCUAAAACAGAGCUUAUCUUCUCAAACUUUUCAAAUCAUUGUCUAAUAACAUUCAAGGUAGCCAUCACAAAGCACUGCAGGAGUAAACUCGGUCUUGAACAGAUAAAAAGCUUAUCUGAUGUGUUUAGUUCAAGACUUGAUUAUUUGGUCAAUACUGACAUCAAAAGGUUGAUGGAAGAAGACGAAACUAAUGAAAGUUCAGGAGCUAGUGACAGUGCUAAGACAGUUGGUAUUGAUCUUUUGUCAAAGACUUUGAUACCUUCUUUUGCUAGUGAAUUCCAAGGGAAAUGGACCUUGCUUCCUGAAGCCAAAAGGCAAAAGAUUUUGACAACGGAUUCAAAAGCACUAGUGAAAACCUGCAAGGAUACCUUUGCUAAGCUCAACAAGAUAUAUAAUCGUCAAACAAAAUUUCCAGAAAACCAAGUUGUGCAAGAAACAACAACACAACAAGCUGAUGAUCUAUCCAUGGGUGACAACAGUGGUGGAGAUGACCAGAAAAAUGCUGAUACUCUUCCAGAAACCUCCAACAAGCCUAAACAGAAUGAUGAGAACAGUGGAGACAUUCCUGAUGUUUGUCCAGAUGAUAUUUGUCCUUGUAAAGAUCCCAAGAAGUUUUUCAAGCACUUUGUUGCAAUUUUAGCUGGUGAUGAAAACCCUGUGCCUUUCUAUAAGUGUGCUCCUACUGGAGAUGUUAUCAUGAAUGAAGAAAUGUGCUUGGACAAAGAUGGAAAUAAUGUCGGGCGAAUGGUGGCUUUUGAUUUUGAACAUGUUAACACCACAAUGAACACAAUUGACAAAGAAAAGUUUUCAUCUUGCCCUCGCCUUGCUUUACUAUGCAAAAAGGUUUGCCACAAUAUCUAUCCCCUGCUGAUCAUGAGCUUGUGUCAGGGGUUUGUUGAGUUACAGAAGAAAGAUGGUGUGAAGGUUGAACUUUACACCUGCCCUGCAUGUGGAAAUAAAGAAACAAAACCAGGAGAAUUUAAGAGGUGUGGUGGAUGCAAAAUUGUGUACUACUGUGGCCGGAAAUGCCAAGUACAACAUUGGAAAGCUGGACACAAACAGCAGUGUGACACAUCUGCUAAACAAGCAUUGUGA